AUGCCAGCCUCGAAUCUUCCAGACUUCCGUCAUACGCGAUCCGCCAGCCUCACCAAGAUCUCUCCCCCCAACGGCCACCACCUCCAGGACCCUCUCAGUCCAAUGGCUACACAGAGAUUCGACGGGCCUCGAAGCCCUCCUAAUACCGCCCAUGUGCCGUGCAAGUUCUUCCGUCAGGGCGCAUGUCAAGCAGGCAACUCUUGCCCCUUUAGUCAUGACAUCGGCGCAGCCACCGAAACGGUCUGCAAAUAUUUCGCAAAGGUAACUUACGUUCUUUCCGCCCGUCUCGCCGAGUUUUGGCAAAGACCGCCGCUCGACACGCCUUUCCCUACUCCCAACUGCUCUUUGUACCUAUCACCUCCAAAGGUCCUUCUGCGUGCCGUGUUCCCGUCGUACAAAGCAGUUGACGGUGGUGGCACUGCUUUGUUUCUCUCCUUCCACUCCUCUUCGGCUGCAUGGCACAUUACUGACACACGUCUUUGGCCUCAGGGAAACUGCAAAUUUGGUCCUAAGUGUGCCAACAUCCACGUCCUUCCCGAUGGCCGCCGCGUCAACUACGGCAAAAAUGGCGUCACCAUCGGCGCCGCUCCCCUUGGCCUGGGCAACCGCAUCAACCCGGCCGCAUAUCUCCAAUCUUCCAACAGCGCCUUGACAAACUCGUUUCUACACGCCAAUGCCGGGACCGCCCAAUCCUCGUACCCCGCCAACCCCCCCUUUUCUACCGGUGCUGCCGGUGAAGACCGGUUCCACUCCCAGUCGAACCCGCUAGGCCGUCAGCCCAGCAUGGAUGGCGGUCUGCCCACCAUCGACACCACUUAUCCGUCGAAUCCUGCGUCAGCUUACGGCUCUCCACCAGGCGCUGGCCUUGCCGGCCUCGAGGACCCCAGAGCAGGAUUGGGUCUGUCGCCUGUGAACGUCAAGGUGCUUUCUGUUUUGGACGCACCGCUGCCGGCUUCAUUUGACUCCAACGGUAUAUCUCACGCGGCUCGUUACGGCCCAUGGCCUGCGUCAGUGCCUUCAAAGUUCGGUCUCGAAUCGCCAACUCCCUCUCUGCACAACGCAAAAGACGACCGCACAUCUGAGACCUUAAAAUUGCUCCACACAUCUGCGUUCGGCAGCAGUGACCAUCUCUCCGCUGGUCUACUUCCGCCCGAUCAUAGCAUGGGAAGCAGUCCGACUGCCCUGGGCGCUCACGAGGAGUUCUUCGGAAAGCGCGCUAUGCACUCCAGCUCGCUUCGCUACUCUAAACCAAGACUUUUGAGCAGCAGCGUACCCAAGGUGGACCGCGAUUGGGAUAACGAAUUUCUUUUCUUGGAGGAAGACUAUGUGCCUGGCACCCUUGCCAACGAGGUUCUUACCCCGCAAGAAAAAGCCCGCAGGGGCUCUCUGCGCUUGAACGACGGCGACGGUCUGUCCGAGACACCUGUCACCUCUAACCCAGCCUCUGCCAAUGCGACAAAAUUCGGCAGUCCUGUUGGCGCUGCGGCCGCAAGUCCGAGUCGAUGGAGCCCGUGGUUCCAGCAGCGACAGCCGCCCCGCAGCGAUGACGAGCCGGAGUCCGGUAGCCUAAGCCGGUCGAUGAAGCACGCCGCUUCCGCCUUUGGGCACGUGGGCAGUCCCCUGCGCAACUCCAGCCUAGCAAGCAACGGCGAUCUGGAUGGGCACAACAGCGAUUUUUUCUCCCGCAGCAUCUCUCAAUCGGCCACUGUCAACGGCAGCGAAUCGCUUUCCGUUCUCACCCAGCAGCUGCAACGAACUCGACUCAGCGAUGACGGAAGCAGCGCGCACAGCCUUAGACUACACCCGAACGCGGCAAGAAAUCCCAGCGUCUCGUUGAACACAAUAGCGGCGGCUGGUAUCAUCGGUCGAGAUCGCAGCGAUCGCGACAGAGGCUUUGAGCGCCAUGUAAGCAGUGGAUCUAUUGGCUCGUCCGCAGCUGGUCGAUUCCCGACAAUUAUCGACGAGGAGGAUCCCGCAUUCCUUUUCAGCAUGGAGGAAGAGGAUGAGGCUGCGUCACAGGUGCGGACCCCCAAACGGAAAUCUGUUGGCCUCGUUUCUGGCAAUGGCGCUGCGGGCAGCAGCCUAUGGAGCUAUGCUGGAAUAGUGUCCGGGAAAGAUGCAGCGAAAACUCAUGAUUCUUCAAACCCGGUCGAGUCCAUUGGAGGUCGUUAG